AUGAGGAAUCUACUGCUGAACCUGCUUUUCUUCCCAGUAACAGUAGAAUUUGUGAUAGGAAAUGUUGUAAAUGGCUUCAUAGUGCUGAUGAACUGUAUUGAUUGGGUCAAGAGACAUAAGAUCUCUUCAGUGGACCAGAUUCUCACUGCUCUGGCACUCUCCAGAAUUGGCUUAUACUGGGCCAUGGUAACAAAUUGGUAUAUAGCAAGAUUUUAUUCAUCACUCUGUACAUCAGAAGCAAUAAUCACCAUUCACAUUGCCUGGAUAUUAAGCAACCAUUUCAGCAUCUGGUUUGCUACGAGUCUCAGCAUAUUUUAUUUGUUCAAGAUAGCUAAUUUCUCCAAUUCUUUCUUUCUUUAUUUCAAGAGGAGAGUGAAAGGUGUAGUUGUGGCAAUACUGUUGGGGAGUUUGACUGUGUUAGGCACUCAGCUUGCAGUGGCCACCUUAGAUAACAAUGUCAGGGUGACUGAAUAUAAAAGAAACAUGACUUUGAAGACCGCCUUUGAGGACCAGAUACGUCUUUCAAAUAUGGCUGUAUUCACGCUAGAGAAUUGCAUACCCUUUACUAUAUCCCUGAUGUGUUUUGUGCUGUUAAUUUUUUCCCUGAUGAGACAUCUCCGGAAGAUGCAGCUCAGUGGCAGAGGAGACCGGGACCCCAACACCCAGGUCCACAUCAGAGCACUGAAAACUGUCAUCUCCUUUCUCCUGCUGUUUGCCUGUUACUUUCUGGCUCUCAUCAUCUCAGCUUGGGGUUCAAACAGGUUGCGCAACAAAUAUGUUCUUCUGUUUGGUGAGAUUAUUUUUGAGCUGUAUCCUUCAGGUCACUCCUUUAUCCUAAUCUGGGGAAACAAAAAGCUGAAAGAGGCCUUUCUGGGGUUUCUGUGGUCGCUGAUGUGCUGCCUAAGAGGGAGGGAAUAA